AUGUUCACUGGCAUCGUCGAAGAUAUCGGAGUCGUCUCCGAGCUGAACCCCAAUGACGAGACGGGUGGCACGUCUUUGACAAUCUCUCUGCCCGAGACCUCCUCGCUGCUGUCAGACUGCCACCUAGGUGACUCCAUCGCCAUCAACGGUGUCUGCCUAACGGUGACGCAGUUCGAGACCUCGCCCCCGUCGUUCAAGGUCGGCGUCGCCCCAGAGACUCUCCGCAUCACGAACCUCGGCUCUCUCGCAAAGGACUCACGCGUCAACCUCGAGCGUGCUGUCCGCGCUGACACCCGCAUGGGUGGCCACUUCGUCCAGGGCCACGUCGACACUACCGCCGCCAUCCUGGCCGUCACUCCCGACGGCAACGCCCUGACCUUCCGCUUCGCCCCGCGCGACGCUUCCGUGUUGCGCUACGUUGUCUACAAGGGCUACGUCGCUCUUGACGGCACCAGCUUGACUGUCACCAAGGUCAACGACGAGGAGGGCUGGUGGGAGGUCAUGCUUAUCAGCUACACGCAGGAGAAGGUCGUCGUGGCUGCCAAGAAGCCUGGGGACACUGUCAACGUCGAGGUUGAUAUGAUGGCCAAGUACGCCGAGAAGAGCCUUGCGGGCUACCUCGGCGGAUCCGGCGGUGUUCCUCUGGAGAAGAUGGUUGAGCGUAUCGUAGCAGAGGGCUUGGGUAGAAAAUCUUGA